AUGUACAGCCAGAAGCCCUACACCAGCCCGCCCACCGGCUACGGCCCCCCCGGCGACGGCUACGGCUACGACAUCCACUCGCCCCCCCAAGGCUCCUUCUACGUUGAGGACGUGCCGCAGUAUUUUUACAAGUGGAACUCUCCGCCCGGCGUGGUGAGGAUCCUGGAGGCCCUGGUCGUCCUGCUCUGCGUCACCAUCUUCGCCUGCGUAGCCUCCACGCUGGCCUGGGAAUAUAGCUACGGCUACGGGGGGAUGUACGGGAGCGGGCUAGGGAGCUACUACGGGUCUGGCUAUUAUAGUGGAGGGAUGGGCUACGGGGGCUACGGGGGCUAUGGUGGAUACGGCGGCUAUGGAGGCUACUAUGGCGGGAUGACCAACCCGCGGGCAGCCAGCGGCUUCAUGAUCGCCAUGUCGGUCUUGUGCUUCAUCGCGCUGCUGGGGUUCUUCGUGGCCAGCGUCACCAAGUCCAGCAGCGCCCGCUCCCGCAGGUUUUACCUGGCGGUCAUCGUGGUGUGCGCCAUCCUGGCCUUCGUCAUGCUCAUCGCCUCCAUCGUCUACAUCAUGGGCGUCAACCCCCGGGCACAAAUGACCGGCAGCUACUACUACAGCCCCAUGCUGACCAUGUGCAACCAGAUGUACUCCUCCGGUGGAGCCUACAUGAACCAGUACCUCUACCAUUACUGCACCGUGGACCCCCAGGAGGCCAUCGCCAUUGUCUGUGGGUUCUUCAUUGUCAUUCUUCUCUGCGUGAUUUGCUUCUUUGCUCACAAGACGCGCCACAAGAUCUGGAAGUUUGGGAAGCCCAAUAUCUACUGGGACAAGCCACUCGCCUUCCAGGAGGGCCCCAACGUGGAGGAGUGGGUGAAGAACGUUGCCGAGGGCGCCAGCAUGCAGGAUGAGACGGCCACGCUGGCCUACUCCGAGAAGCCAAUCAGCCCCGUCAAUGCCCCGGCUAGCGCCUACGGCUACCCGCGCAAGGAGAACGGCUACUAUGCCUCCGAGGCCUACAACCCCAGCAGCUCUCCUGCCCGUGUGGUCAGCGAGCCGCCCGCCAGGACCUUCAGCACCAGCACGCUGGAGGAGAGGGGGAGGGAGAGCUCCAGCAGGCCCGCCGCCCGGCGUGGGAGGAGAAGGAGGCGCAACCCCGAGCUGGACGAGUCCCAGUAUGAGACGGACUACACCACAGCCAUGGAGUCCAGCGACGAGCGGGACAAGAACGAGUGGGGCAGCGUGUACCCCCCCAUCACCUCGGAUGGCAUUCGCCAGGAAUACAAGCAGGAGUUCGACGCCGACCUCAAGCACUACAAGCAGCUGUGCGCCGAGAUGGACGACAUCAACGACCAGCUGAACCAGCUCAGCAAGCAGCUGGACGGCUUGUCGGAGGACAGCCCGCAGUACCAGGGAGUCGCCGAGGAAUACAACCGGCUGAAAGAUUUAAAACGGACUCCUGAUUAUCAGACAAAGAAAAUGGAGAGCAAAGCUCUGCGGAACAAGCUGUUCCACAUCAAACGCAUGGUGAGCGACUACGAUAAGAUGAGAGGGUAG